CGUUGCUGUAGACACCGGUUCACACCGCUAGGGAUUGCCGCUCACCGGCGUUCAUCCAUCAGACAAAGGGCGCUGAUGCCUUAAAAUAAACGGAAGAGAAAUUAAACGGGCGAUUCCUGUCGGCCUGAAAGCUUCAGCUGGAGUCGAGAUGCUGACGGACGUGAUAGUAGAAGAGGAGUUUGAUCGCAAUGAAGAGGAGCUGUGGUACAGCAGGAAGGACUUGGAGCACGAUCUCCAUUUGGCCGCCGAGCUGGGCAAGACUCUGUUGGACAGGAACCAUGAGCUGGAGCAGGGCCUUCAGCAGAUGUACUCCACCAAUCACGAGCAGCUGCAGGAGAUUGAGUACCUGACCAAGCAGGUGGAUCUCCUGAGGCAGAUGAACGACCAACACGCCAAAGUUUACGAGCAGCUGGACCUAGCAGCCCGAGACCUGGAGAAAAGCAACCAGAGGCUGGUCCUGGAGAACCGCACGGCCCAGCACAGGAUCCAGAGCCUGACCGAGACCAUAGACGGGCUGCAGAUUCACAUGGAGGGCCUUCAGAAGCAGGUGGACGAGCUCAAGACGUCUCAGGCAAAGAGAGAUCUGGCAGCAGCUCGCCGCAGCCUCGGUGCCCAAAGCAUCUCCUGUCUGAAAGAAAUCUAUGAUCUGCAACAAGACAAGUACUUGAGCUCCGAGAGCCUGCAGGAGGAGAAGUCCUGGCCCGCGCUGGAUGACAGGCGUGUGGAGGAGGAGAACUCCACCCUGCAGCACACCCUCCACAAGCUCAAGGUGCAGCUGGCGGCAGAGCGCUCCCGGCGGGUGGAGGCCGAGCGCGAGACGGAGCUGACGACGCAGGAGAACAACGCUCUGGAGGAGCGCCUGCGUCUGCUGGAGGGAGCGCGCCGGCGGCAGGCCGAGCUGGAAGCGGAGGUGGAGGAGCUCCGGCAGCUGUGGCGCUCCGAGUCGUCCGGAGCGAGACUGACCGACACGCUGCUGCCCGACAGCGUUUUCUUCGGGGAUGGGGCGGGGCCUGGCGAGGAGGAGGAUGAGCCGGAGGCGGAGCUUCUUCAGGGGAGGCGGCGCUGCAGCAGCGAGAGCUACGCCCGCGGGGCUCGGGCCGAGGAGAUCCGGCGGGGACACGAGCGCACCUGCAUCCGCCGAGCUCGAGCGGUGAAGCAGCGCGGCAUCUCGCUCCUCAACGAAGUGGACGCGCAGUACAGCGCCCUACAGGUGAAGUACGAAGAGCUGCUCCGCCGCUGCCAGCAGGGGGCGGACAGCCUCAGCCACAAAGCCGUCCAGACCCCCUCCGCUCCCGCGCAGCGCCGCAAAAGCCAAGCCACCGCAACAACAGACGCCGUCUGCCUCGCAGACGAGCUCCACCAGCCCGAAUACAAGGCCCUGUUCAAAGAAAUCUUCACCUGCAUUCAGAAAACCAAAGAGGACCUGAGUGAGAACAGGGCCGGGCAGUGUCAGGGGGCGUGUAUGUGAGUUAGCAGUGUUCUACAUCUUCGGGGCGCUUCUGAAUCAACCUGAUGGACGUGUCGAGAGUCCCGUGGUCUUUGUUUGUGUCGAUUGCACUAUAAAAGCUGUGCCUAUACAACAAACCGUCCACAUCCAAAACCUGCUCCUGAACGGUGGUUUUUGUACUUUUCUAAGUCCCCUGAGACAUGUGGGUCUCUACGAUAAAGCCAUAUGUGACACCCGAGCGCGUUUGUGCUUCGGGUUUGAAAGCACAUCUCGAUCUCGUAGAACCACAUCUGCGCAGGAAGAAGACUUAACCGUCCAGUGUGUAGAGGCUUGACUAAAUUAUUAUUACUAACGACUAACACAGUUAAUGAGUUGACUUGAUAGGGUGAAUCUCACAAAACCAAGAAUGAGAGAAAAAUAGUGCUAUCAAGUGAUUAAUCGCAUGCAAAAUUGUUUACAUAAACUAUGCAUUGUGUAUUUUUGUGUGUUAUCAACACAUAAUUAUGUAAACAGGUUUUUUUUGAUGCGAUUAAUCGUUUGACAGCACACUAGAUAUAAAUGUUGUAAAUUAAGCCUGUUUUUAGGAUCAUUUGGUUUGCUUAAAGUAAAGUAAAUAUAAUAAUAAUAAUAAUAAUAAUAAUAAUAAACAUUUUGAUUAUCAUUACAGUAAUCGAAGAAAAUUGUAGUCCAAUCAAAAUUAGUAUUUGUUGAGCUAAUUUUAAUACAAUCAGGGUUUUUACGGUAAUUUAAAAACUCAAAUCAAGGGCUUAAUUUCCCUAACGCUGAAUAUCUUCUCUCCGUUUGUUUGUGGGAUUCAUCUGAUGAACCUUAAAAACAUGAAAAGAAAACGAUCAAGGAAUUCGGUAGGACAAUAUGUAGCCAUAUCCUUCGAUUGAGUGUCUAGAAAUUUCGCAAGCAAUAUUGCAAUUCUUUUUUAUUAUUAUUAUUUAAAAGACCGCAUGUGAUUUCAGUGACGUUACUAACAAUGAUAUUUUCGAGGCAAUACCGUUUGCUGCUUUUAUAAAUAGUCUGGUUACCUCGAUGGAUCGGCGCGCUAGCGAAAUAGUUAGAAUCAGCUCGUGUAAAUACGCAGUGUGCGUGAAACUCUUGCGUGAAUCGUUCGUUUGGAGCAAACCGUAGUUAAAUGUUCGGCAGCCACAUUCGCUCGAGUCCCCAGCACUUUGUUUUGAGGUUCGUGUAAAAAGCACCACUGUGAAACUAUGCACUUUAGACGAAAGGCCUGUGGUCAGUUCUGGUUUUGUUUUAGUUCUAUUUUUUUAUUUAUUUAAUUCGUUCUCCAUUCGUUGUCGUCGUCCAGAGAUUUUAUUUAUGUUCUUUGUUUGGUAUUCAUUCACUGUUUGUUCCCAUUUUUCUCGCCUGUGGGUUCAAGUCGAUAUUAGAUUGUUACCGACGUCUUGAUGGAUAUUGAAAGAAGUUGAAAAUGUAUCGAAUGAAGGGGUUUAUAAGUUUGGAGGCUACUGAUCGGAUGGUUUGCUCUGAUGUUACACCAGCACGAAUAGAGCGAUUUAUGUAAGUUGUAAGCGGUUUUCCAGGUCAUUGUGGUUUAAAAGUUGCUCAAACAAUAGCUAAUUGUUGUUGGUUCAUGUCUUUGGUAACUUGUAUAAUGCGCUACUUAAUACUUAAUCAGGAUCAACCGCGUUCAGGUUCAUUUUGUAACUUUUUGAAGUUGUUUAAUGCCUUGAGUUGGACCGAUUAAGUAGGUUUUGACUUUUUAAAUCAGCGUAGAUGACUAGGAAAGCGUUUAUGAAAUGACUAAAGUCUUAAAUGGCAGGUGGAGAUCACAGAGAAAUGUUCAUAGAUGGAUUGGUUCCCGGCAAAUAUUUGAACAUUGUCUAGCGGAGCAAAGUAUAUUGUGGUGUUUUGCAUUUCAGAUCUUACUGCUUUAUUUCAGUGAAAAUGGUGCUACUGUAUUGCAGCCGUCCCUGCGCUAAGAAAAUUAGCUUUUGUUUUAGGCAUAAAUUCCUGCCCUUUUUCGAAAGCCACCCAAAAUGAUAUGCUUCUUUAGACUACAGUGUGCAUGAUCACAUGUUAGUGUGCUGCAGAAAUAUAGCUCUUGUGCUCAAGAUUAAAAAAAAAAGGAAAAAAAAAAAAAAAGGUUGUUUCUCUUCAGCAGUGUUCCUUGAAACGUACAAAGAGGUAAAUUGACCAAAUCUUAAAUGCAGAGCAAGUAGAGUUCUCUGUGUAGAAUCUUCUUGAAAUGAUAGUUACGAUAACCUGCAGGUAAAACAAUCAAUUUGUGAAAACCGUGUUCGUUGAUUGAAUCCGUUACCUCUUCCGUCCAGAGCUGAUGGCUGUUCCAGCCGUUAAUCGGAGUUCAGUGUUUUAAAUAAAAGAGUAGUUUUCUACGUUAUUUAUUACGUUCAUUCAACCGCGGAUUAUAAAAUUUGACGUGCGUAUUGAAGGAAUGCACAAUCUGGUUAUUAACUGGUGCUGAAUGUCUUCUCAAAGACGCCUUUCUGAAGAAUUGUGUAUGUAACGGCAUGACUAACAUCUUACUUGGGUUAUCCGGAAAAUAAAACUGUAUGAAUGAACAA